CUGGCGUGCGAGAGGUCGGGUCGGCCUUUCCGGGAGAGGGCGGGAAGAAGACGCCGCGGCGCUGCCCCUCUCCAAGAUGGCGGCAGCAACCUCGGCCUGUUCCCCCCGCUCCUUCCUGCGCAGGCUCCGCAGACCCCCCUCCAAGAUGGCGAUUAUGUCAUAACUACACGAUAAACGAGCAGUGAUGGAAUCACUGGAUACUGAGGUGAGAGCACGGAAGACUCUGGGGACUGUUGAAUAUGUAGAGUCUUCAGGUUUCACCCAGGGAGUCCUGCCGACCAAGAAGGAUGUGGUUCAGAAUAUGCUGUAUUUGCUGCAGCCCAAAAGAGCUGGCCAAGCCCAGCGGUCCAAAGAGGAUGCAGCCCAGUUGCUUGCUGAGCACCUGCAAGAGCACUGGUUGGUUUGCAACUUGCACACCAUUGCAACGCAAAAUAUAAAGAAACUUAUCCUCAAAAUGUAUGAGGAGUUUACCAGAUUGUAUCAGACCAGAAAGCAGAGACAGAACAAGGCUUUUACCGAGCGAGCCGACAAAUUCAACGAGAGUUCAGAGAAGCUCUUUGAUGUAUUUUGUACAGACACAGAGAUGAGAAAUAAGCUGGAGGAAUACAGUGGAAUAAAAAUGACUAGCAUUGAGUGGAAAUUUCUUGAAGAUCAAAGAAGUGAAAGAAAAAUGUACUAUGAAGAUUUCACAGACAAGCAAGAAUUGAAGAUGAUGGAAAGAAGACAAAAGAUACAAUAUCUGGAGCACUUCAGAAAACUUGCCAAGGAGGAGAGGGAGGGAAACAAAGCCAAGGAAGCAAAAUACAAAAGUGACGAGCAAUCAGACGAAGGCACAAGUGUGGAUGAAUCCUACCCUGUGGAGGAGGAGAAUGGAGGAGCUCCAGCCUUCUCGCUGCGGGGCAGAAGGAAGCGCCGGUGCACCAUGACUCCUGCCAGUGCUCCCAUGCCCCUGGAGUGCCAGCAUAUACGGAUGAGCAUCAGGAGAGUUAGGCCUGGGUUCUAUGAGACUGUGGAGAAGGUCCAAAACUGCUAGCGCGUGCCACGGUCUGCAGGUGGGGCUGCUGGAGUACGAGGUGGCAGUGCACACAUUAGGCAAGUUUGAAAUUCCACCCUCAAUUGGAAAUGAUUGCCAGAGCUCAGGAACAUCCUGCCUCUGGGGAAGAGCACUGGGACAACAACAGCAGCAAGGACUGAAACACAUGAAAAGCUGAAAGGAUAAGGAGGCGGCAGAUAAUGAUGCAAAGGCACAAACCUAGCAGAUGGUCUAAGGUUAUGCAGCAUAUAAGUCUCUUCCAUGGUCCUGUCCACAUCAGAUGGGUUUUGGAAGUCUCUCACCAUUUCUGAGCCGGGGUGGCCUGACAGUUUGAAACAGGACUCGCAUUUACUGCAGGGAAAUAACUUGGACUUGUUGCUAAUAGAAAGUUCCAUGUGCUGAAAAGCCCUAACUCCUCCUAGUUUAGGUGGAAGCAAAGGGUGCUUGGCCCCUUACAGCAGAAGGGAGCUGGUUUUCAGCUUGUAGUAUCAGGUCUUGAAGAGGUGCCAUGUGGUUUUGUGGAGGGAUUGUUCUCUUGCUUCAGGAGGGGGAGGGCAAGACCAAGAACCAUUUGAGUGCUUUGGCUUUAAAAGCAUUGGUGAUUCAGAAUGUUUUAUUCUAGAUUCUAUUUUAACAGUGUUUCCUUGAUGAGUUUUAACCUGAAGUCCCUCAUCUAGCAUCUGAGGUGUGAAUCCCAAAUGAAGUAGUGUUUUAUCUGUCCAGGUGGGUUCAGAUGGGGGAAGGAUGCACAUUUCCUUAAUUAGUUUUAAUAUGGGAAGAAUUUUAUAAACUCUUAUCCUGCCUUCCUAGGAUUUAAGGAGGAAAGAAGCCUUCCCAGGUAUGAGUAGGUGUGGCAUUUACAGCAAAAGGCAUCUGAGCCUGGGCAUGCUUUUCCACCCCAGGUCCAUGCAGGCCAGCAGGGUGUGAGGAGUAGCUCUCCACCCUGAGUGUGAACAAGCGUAACCCUCUUGCCCAGGUACACCCUGAGCAGUGCCCUGUCUGUGAUUUUCAGACACCCGCAGUAUGAGAGUAUCUGCUGAAUUAAGUUAGAGUUGCUUUACUGGUUUCUAAAGACGAGAGCCUUGAACUUUCAGUGAAACCCAGUGCAGAGAUCUCUGGUGAGAUUCCCAAGCCCUGCCAGACCACACUGAAAAUGAAAAAACCCCAAGUCUAUUUGUCCACAGAGGUUCUCUGGUAGAAAAAGCAUAAACUUGCCUGGUUUUCAAAUUUACCUUUCAGUGUGAAUGUUGGUUUCCCCACUCCAGUAUCUCAGCUUUUCCCCAUUUCUUUCCUCUCUGCCCUGGACAUCAUAUUACUGACAUGAACUUCAUGCUGUUUCAUUCUUUGGCUUUUGCUCCCUUUAACAAUAAAUGCAUGUAUGAAUAAUUUUGACAGUUCCUUUAGUUUUGAUGAAUCAGUUCCUGGACUGUUUUGAAGUCCUAUGCCAAAGGAGGAAUGAAACACAGAUUUGCUGCUGGUCUGACUGGGACACAGCAGAGCCAGUGAGUGCCACAGGCAGGGGCCAGGCCCCUGCUGCUCUUGCAGGCACCUGACUACCUGUGCUCUGUCCCUCUGCCUGCGGAUGGAUCCGUCCGGCUCCAAGCGAUGCAUCAGCUUCCCAGUGACCUUGCUUGUUAGUAAUUCCUGGGAUCCUUACUCUGUGUCUCUAAGAUGUUCUUUAUGGUAAGUUGCUCCAAAAUAUUUAGUGAACUCCGUGUACUCCGCCUCACUCGUAGUGUUGCUACA